UUGUGCUUGCUAGGCUUUGCUCUACCACUGAGCUAAAUCCCCAACCCCGCCAAUUUUUUUUUGUAAUGACUCCCAACACCCCAAAGACAAGAGCAUUCAUGACUUUUAGGUACACGUUUCUUUGCCCUUGAAACCUCACCUUUGCCCUGAAGUAGAGGAUAGUCUUUGUAUUCUUCUGUGUGUUCUCUGUUGAAGAACAAAAAAGACAUUAGGAAUGUCCAAUAGUCAUUGGAUAAAACAAACUGCACAGAAAAAAUACUUGUUUUGAAGUUUUAAAACUUUGGCUGGGUUUUGGUGCCUUGAUUCAGCAAAGUCAACAAUGCAGCAGGGCUGUGUGAGCAUUAGAUGGGCAAUAAAGCCUUCCUUUAUUUCAUAAUCCCAAUUGUUUAUCUAGCAAACAUCGAUAGACUGUAAAUGACUGACUCAAAUUUUGGAUUCAGUUCUCACUACUAAGCAAAUUGAUUUGAAACCGGCCUGGUAUAAAGGUCCCUGUGCCUGUAGCCCCGGAAGCUGCUCUGGAUUUCUUUCAGUGGUGCGGAAUCAACCUCUGCACUUAGAAUGUCUAAAACUGGAGCCAAGAUUAGUUUCUAUGAAGACAAAAAUUUUCAAGGCCGCCGCUAUGACUGCGACUGUGACUGUGCCGACUUCUACUCGUACCUAAGUCGCUGCAACUCCAUCAGAGUAGAAGGAGGCACCUGGGCUGUGUACGAAAGGCCCAACUUCGCGGGACACAUGUACAUCUUACCUCAGGGCGAGUACCCUGAGUACCAGCGUUGGAUGGGCCUCAAUGACCGCCUGGGCUCUUGCAGGGCUGUUCAUCUGUCUAGUGGAGGCCAGUAUAAGAUCCAGAUCUUCGAGAAGGGUGAUUUUAAUGGCCAGAUGUAUGAAACCACAGAAGACUGCCCUUCCACCAUGGAGCAGUUCCACAUGCGAGAGAUCCACUCCUGUAAGGUACUAGACGGCACCUGGGUUUUCUACGAGCUGCCCAACUACCGCGGCAGGCAGUAUCUUCUGGACAAGAAGGAGUACCGAAAGCCCAUCGACUGGGGCGCAACGUCCCCCGCGGUCCAGUCACUGCGCCGCAUCGUAGAGUGACGGCGUGAACGGGCCAUAGAGCUCUCCCUGAGGGCUGAAUGCUGGCCGGCUCGUGCUCCACAUAGCAUCAUAAAUAAAAGAAUUGGCAUGCAUCCCA